CGGAGGCACGGGGCGUUCAAUGGGGACUUUGCAGUGCUCCAGGCUGCUGCCCCUCAAUGAAGCUCUGAGUCCUGGCCUGAAGGGCUAAGGUACUGGCUACAAUGUGGAACCCCAGGAGAGCCAACCUGACUACCCUUUGCUCUAAGAAGAAGCCCCAAAUGAAACUGGGCUGAAAUCAGAGCAAGGACUAGAGAAAGAUUUAUUCGUUAAUGGAAAGAGGAAAGGAGAAAAGGGUUUCCAAAAACUUGCAACAAACUUUCCAUCGCUCUAAAGAACCUACCUUCCUUAUCAACCACGCUGUUCUAUCUCGUGACUCCUCUUCUAGCCUUUUGCCAGAAACAAAGCAAGUCAAUCUUGCUGAAAACAUAAAGACAAACCCUCAGAAAACUAGGCCUGGAACUGUGAUCCUCUCAAAACGGUCCGGUAAGAGAAUUAUGUCGGAAAGCCAGCCUAGCCCACCCGUGAUCCCGUCCCGCAGGCCCGGAUUCCGCAUAUGCUAUAUCUGUGGCCGAGAAUUUGGGUCCCAAUCACUCGCCAUUCAUGAGCCCCAGUGCUUGGAGAAGUGGCGAAUUGAAAACAGCAAGUUGCCCAAGCACCAGCGGAGGCCAGAGCCCUCCAAACCACAGCCCCUGGGCGGCGGCAGUGGGUCCGACAUUCUUCAGGCAACGAACGAGGCAGCGUUCCAGAGUUCUCAGGCCCAGCUGCUGCCCUGCGAGGCCUGUGGCCGCACGUUCUUGCCAGACCGUCUUCUUGUUCACCAGAGAAGCUGCAAGCCCAAGGGUGGUGGGCCCAGAGAACCAAACAGCAACAAUUCUAAUGACCUGCCUGGUCUUAGGAAAACUUCUGGUGGCGUCCCAGCUCGACCAAGGACUCUCAUCUGCUACAUUUGUGGCAGGGAAUUUGGCUCCCUCUCCCUUCCUAUUCAUGAGCCCAAAUGCCUGGAAAAGUGGAAAACAGAAAAUGACCGGCUCCCCAGGGAGCUCCGCCGGCCAUUCCCGCAGAAGAAGCCUCAGCCCCUGGUACCUGGCGAGGGGCCAAGUGAAGCUCAGCUUGAGCCCUGCCCAAACUGUAGCCGGACCUUUGCUCCCCAGCGCCUUCUGGUGCAUCUGCGAAGCUGUAAGGCUCAACCGAGUGGGCCACGUGUUCAGAAUUUGACUUUAGAGAGUAAAGGUGGCCUGAAAGAGUCCACUAAUUUCAAGCAGCAAAGGCACGUGGCCGCGCUCCCUGUGACUGAUAAGGCAGCAAUGAUUAGGCGUCCACCAACAAUCAUUUGCUACAUUUGUGGUCGUGAAUAUGGAACAAAAUCGAUUGCCAUCCAUGAGCCACAAUGUCUGAAAAAGUGGCAUAAUGAAAACAACUUGCUGCCUAAAGAGUUAAGGAGACCAGAACCUAAGAAACCUGAAGUCAGGGCCAUUAGUGCCAAAGGUUUCUAUGAUCUCGAGGCCUUAAAUGAAGCUGCUUGGAGAAGUGCCCAGAGCCAGUUGGUUCCCUGCAAUAUUUGUGGGCGUACCUUCCUGCCAGACAGACUGAUUGUUCACCAACGAUCCUGUAAACCAAAAGUCACCAAGUAAAGCCCGUUCUCUCUGUGAAAGUGUUACCGGAAUGAAUCCUUUGGAAAGAGAUCUGGGUGUGGCGAGGAGGAGAAAAAGUUGGCGAGGAGAGGAACAGUGGAAAUUGGAACGAAUCUAAGUCCUAGCACAGGAAGCCCACUGCUUUGGUGGCACACGUGUACCCACUGUGUGGUGGGCAAAUGCGUGCGCAUGUCACACUUGUGUCAGGCAGAAUACAAGCGGGCUGCCCUUCCUCAGACCUGGCACUUUUGUCUCAAGGAAAUUUCGGAGCCAACUGUUGCCAUCUCUCCCCUACUCUAUUUCCCUGAGUGAGAGUUGGAACCUUGCAAUCAGGACUAUUAUUCAGCGAACAGAGGCUUUGGGUGGCGAUUUCAGGCAACUCCUUAGUCCCAAGAAAAACUGGACUCCUCCCCAGUCCUGUGCCGACUGAAAUAACAUGCCACUCCCCGCUCCCUCGGAUCCAGGGAAGUGUUUUUAAUUGAGCUGUUGAUUUGGAAUCUUCUUUUCUCUAGGAGAUCAUUCAACAGGAGAGACAUUCAAAA